AUGAAACAGACUAAGCCCGGAGCACCUGACAUACGCCCAGGACAUCCUCCAUACAUAGACUCAUUUGGAAUAGGAGGGUACGGGAUACAGGUGAGCAACAGGUGUCAACAUUGCAGGUUCAACGGCGUCGUGACCCUCCGGGAGAAGGCCCCGGACGCCAUGACAUCCUACAUGGUGUCCGCCUUCGCCGUCGACGACUUCUUCGGCCUCGGGGUGUCCCAGAGGUCAGCCAAGCUGCGCGUCUUCCGGCCGUUCUUCACGUCACUGCACCUUCCGGAGGCCGGUGUGGUGCGCGGCGAGGCCGUGGCGGUGGAGAUGGUUGUCUUCAACUACGGAGAAAGUGACAUCAUCGCCGACGUCAUGCUCGACAACCCUGGCGACUUCCUCUUCGCGGACUUCGCCAACGAGAUCGACCAAGGAUCUCCGUCCAAGAGCAAGAGCAAGCAGGUGAAGGUUGCUUCGGGCAGCGGCGCCCCCGUCAGCUUCAUGGUCGUCCCGCACAGCCUGGGCAAUAUCCCCAUCAAGGUCACGUCCACGACAGACGGCGCCGUGGACGUGGUCGUCAAGCAGCUGCUGGUGAAGCCCGAGGGAUCGCGCAUUACGGUGAACAAGGCCGUCCUGCUGGACCUGAGGUCGCAGUCCUCCGUCAGCACCAGCAUCAACAUCACUCAUCCGCCCAACAUCGUCAAUGACUCCAAGGCCAUCCAAGUCUCCGUCAUCGGUGACAUCCUUGGGGCGGCCUUGUCAGACCUGCAUAACCUGCUGGAGCUCCCGACGGGCUGCGGCGAGCAGAACAUGGCCAAGCUCGUCCCUAACAUCGUGCUCAUGGAGUACCUCAAGAACAAGAACCAGCUGAGCGAGAACCUGCAGGGCCAAGCGCGACGGCAUCUGGAGACCGGAUAUCAGCACCAGUUGUCCUUCAGGCACGACGAUGGCUCCUUCAGCGCCUUCGGAAUGCGAGACGAGUCGGGCAGCACGUGGCUGACCGCCUUCGUGGCCAAGUCCCUCGCCGAGGCCUCGAGGCACAUCGAUAUUGAGGAGGAGGUGGUGCAGCAGGCCGUGGAGUGGCUGACGCAGUUGCAGCAGGUGGACGGCAGCUUCAAGGAGGUCGGCACCGUUAACAACGAGGCCAUGCAGGGCGGGUCCGGCAAAGGCGUCGCGCUCACGGCCUAUGUGCUCAUCGCCCUCCUGACGGUCGAGAACCCUCCGUCGCCCAAGGUGCGAAACGUGGUGAACAGAGCCGUAGACUUCCUGGCAAGCAACAUAGACGAUAUAGAGGACGUGUACAGCCUGGCCAUCAGCACCUACGCCCUCCACAUGUCCGACCACCCUCAGCGAGACACCGCCUUCUACAAGCUAGAGGGCAAGGCCGAAGUCAAAGACGAGCAGAAGUGGUGGGUAUGGCAGCCCCUGGAGGUGAACUUGGAAACCACAGUGGAGUCGCGGCCUCUCGACGUGGAGACCACCAGCUACGGCCUCCUCACCUACGUGCUCAGGGGCCUCACGCGCGACGCUCUCCCCAUCAUGAGGUGGCUGACGAGGCAGAGGAACCAGUACGGAGGAUUCCAGUCCACGCAGGACACCGUGGUGGGCAUGGCAGCGCUGGCCGCCCUCGCCGAGCGCCUCACGACCACCGACCCGCAGGUGAACGUCAGGCUCAUCUACGGCGCUCGGGGCAAGAACGUGCAGGUCACGAGGGAUAACACUAUGUUGCUGCAGCGUGUGGAGCUGCCCGCAGACACCGACAAAGUGGAGAUAACGGCCUCGGGGUCGGGCGUGGCCGUGCUGCAGGUCACGUACCACUACAACGUCAGGGUCACCGGCCCGAAGCCGGCCUUCUCGCUCGACCCGCAGCUCGACACUACGACCGACACGAACCGCCUGCGCCUCACCGCCUGCACGGGAUACACCGGAGGAAACAACAGCAACAUGGCGGUGAUGGACGUCUCGCUUCCCUCGGGUUAUAUCGUCGACAACGAUCUUAUUCCCGGUCUGUAUGACUACACGGGCGUGAAACUUGUGGAGAAGAAGAGCGACGACUCAGGCGUGCUGGUCUACUUCGACUACCUGACAGCCCAGGAGGUGUGCCCGACGGUCUCCGCCUACAGGAUUAACAAGGUCGCCUUCCAGCAACCCACGCCCGUCCAGGUCUACGACUACUACGACACAUCCCGGCGCGCGAGGAGGUUCUACAAGGCUCUCCCCGCCACGCUGUGCGACAUCUGCGACCUGGACGAGUGCGACAGCGUCCAGUGCCAAGACCAGAUCAUCGAACUCAAUAGGCAGCUGCAGGACCCAGAGGACCUGGAGCAGCCGGCCAUCGUGGAGCAGAUCUCCUCCGCCCCGCAGGCGGCCUCGCCCUUCGCCCUGAGCCUCGUCCCCGCCUUCACCCUGGCCUGGUUCUCGCGCUUCCUCGCUCCCUGAGCCUCGUCCUUCCCGCGCCCUGGCGGCUCCUGGGUGACCUGAUCGCCGUCCAAGUCACUCUGUGUAUUCGUCUUUAUUAAACGAUUUUUUUCUCCCUUUCCUUUCUUGUUUUUGAGGUUGACUUAAGGAAGGUCACUCACCCAGCGGAGGUCAGAGGUCGUCAUUCACUCGCAGUGACCCUUUGUAUCUUAGGGAUAAUAACUUGGAUGGGAGGUCACCGUGCAAGCGUGUAUAUAUGAGACUUGUAAAUAGCAAUAUGAUAAGCUAAAGGGUUACAUUCUGGAAGAAGCUGACGUGGACUCGUAACUACCUGGUAAUUGUUCGUUAUUAAGAAAACGCUUUUUUGUGUUACUAAGGUCGAUGUGUUUCGUUCUGGCAAACUGUGCUUGAACAUGUGUGCGUGCGUGUGCGCGUGAGUGUUUUCGAGCAUUUGGCGUUUGAAUUCUUUGUCUAAUUUGAAUGAAAGUGUAUUUGCAAGUACUAUACGUGCGUAACAAAUAACGAUCUAUUAUAUAUAUAUAUAUAUAUAUAUAUAUAUAUAUAUAUAUAUAUAUAUAUAUAUAUAUAUAUAUAUAUAUAUAUACACACACACAUACAUAUACACUCAUAUAUAAUAUACACAAGAUAUACAAUCCCCGCUGAGACAUUAUCUAUAUGCAUUCCUUGACUUGAAUUAUCAAUAUUAUCUAGUACUAACGUCCCACAAGCAAAUAACCAAAGAAAUUUAACAAAACCUCCGUCCAGCAUUAAUUCCCACUGAGACAGACAGCACACGCUCCCAAGAAAACGGCACUAAUGCUGAACGUUCAAAGAAACGCUGUUGCUCCGCCCGGACGAGCCCGCGUGGCCGAGGCCGGGCGUCAUGGCCCAGGCUGCCCCGCGGCGAGUGACGGCGAGGCAACUGACGCUUGUAGAGGUCGUGGUUUAGGAAGGUACUUGGGCUGGGGCGGUCGGGCUGCUGGCGUCCGUCUGCGCCGCCUCUCGACACGGGGAUGCUGCAUCUAACUGCUGAAUCGCUGACGCUUCACCGGUCUCAUGUUGAUUGUUGUACUUGUAAUAAAUUGUACUUUUGA